CCAAGUAUAUAUAUUCCCGAGACAGCAAACAGCGCUACACUUUUCCUACUGUCCCAACUGAAGGAAAUUGAGAAUGGCAGGUCCUCUGGUAAAGGCGGCUGUCCUGCUGGGAGUGGUGUGUGGAGCUGUGGCUGAUGGAAGCUAUGCUUCCCGCGGUGGAAGCUUUGGAGGUGGACCUGUUGGAGGCGGCAUCUCUGGAGGAGGAGGAGGAGGUUUCGUUGGAGGAGGCAACUUCAUUGGAGGAGGAGGAGGUGGUGUUGGGGGAGGCAGCUUCAUCGGAGGAGGCGGAGGCCUUGGCGGCAUCGGCGGAGUCGGCGGCGGCAGAGUUGACGCAGGACACCUCGUUGGACACGGUGUCCUCCCUGCUGGCGGCGGCUACUCCGGAGGUGCUGUCGGAGGUGGAAGCGCUGGAGGUUUCAUCGGAGGUGGCAGCGCAGUAGGAGGCUCCUUCGGAGGUGGAAGCGCUGGAGGUUUCAUCGGAGGUGGCAGCGCAGUAGGAGGCUCCUUCGGAGGUGGAAGCUCUUUCGGAGGAAUCAGCUCAGGAGGAGGCUCUUUCGGAGGCUCCGGUGUGGGAGGUUCCUUCGGAGGCCCCAUUGGAGGCGUGUCUUCCGGACGCGUUAGUGGAGGCUACGGCCGAUAACCAUUAUCUUAUAGAAAUAGGAACAGACAUAACGAAUAACAAUAAAAAUCAUCUAUGUUAUAUG